AUGCCUUGCAACCGCAAUUUGAGGCGACAGCCCCGCGAGAGGGACUUCGCAGCAGGGGAGCAUGCAGCUUACUUGCGACUUAACUGCGAGACCUCCGAGGAUGACGAGACUGCUCUUUUGAUAUCCUCUAGUGCCAGCGAAAGUGGCAAUUCGGAUGUGGAAACCGUGGAGCACUUGGCCGGGUCGGACGAUCUAGCCGCACAGGGCAGCGGAUCGGAGCGGAGUUGGCCAGACAGCACCGAGGACAAUGCGGCUGAUCGUUUGAUCGAGCUUCAGCUCGAGGAAACGUGUGCUCAAGCGUGCCUGAGGUUACUUCGAUAUGUGGACUGCGAGAACGUCUAUGGCAUGAAGAAUUGCUCUUCCAAAAUUUUUGUAGCGCGGAGACUCGACAGGGUCGCGCCAUCGACGUAA